AGCAGUUAUGGCACUGCCAUGUUUCAUCCUCCUGGUCAUUUUUCUUAGUAAAUGCCUUGGACAUACUGAAUUCAUUUAUACAGCAAAGGAUGAAGUAAAGUUGUUUUGUGACACCAACAAAUGGCAAAUAAGCACAGAGUCUGGCAAUAUAAUUGAUGUGAAUUGCACAGUGGAGUGUGUUCAGGGUGAAUCACUCGUUCUUAAUAAUAGCCAGAAUUCCUGCACAAAGAAAGAUUCAGAUAAAGUUGGUGAAAAAUGUUCUCUAAGAGCAAAGAGUGGAUUUUUUCGAUGUGUUACUGCUCUGGAUUCUAGUUUCUUGUUUCCAUUCAAACCGUCUCCCAACACUGUCACGUCAUACAUUGUCGCUACUGCAAAUGAAGAAAUGACAAACAAGUCUGAGGAAAAAUCUUCAGUUGAGAUAACUGAAGGUGAAGAUGGACUUUUAAACUGCAGCUUCAUCUUGACAGAAGGAUAUAACAACAGGGAAUUUAUAGUGUACUGGAUCAAGACCAAUGAAAAGAACAGUAACUGUGUGUAUUCUUAUGAUUUUUCAAGGGAUGGUAUAACGUUCAAUCACCACUGCAAUGUGCAAGAAGAACUGCUCUCCACGCUCUCAAACCACACUGAAGGCAGUAACACUCAUAACAUCAGGAUCAGUAACGUAACAGAGUCAGACGCUGGACAAUAUCUUUGUGCCUUACAAGUGCACACACACAAUAAUAAAAAAGGAAACUGGAAGAUCAUCAAUAAUAUUAGAGUCAGUGUACAUAAAGACAAAGGACCUGAAAUAGCUGGAAACAGUGCUGAUGAUUUCAUCCCCUUAUAUGCUACAAUUCCCAUAUUUCUGGCUCUUGCUAUAGCAGCUGUGGGGUUUAUCUGGAAAAAGACUAAAAGCUCAACAGGAUCUCAGACUGUUGAACUGAAAAGAAAACAAACUGGGGACGAUACGGAAGAAAAUGCUGAUACGGAAUGUUCUCCGUAUGCUAUGGGGAAUGGAGAAGAAGAGAUUAAGUUUGCAUCCAAGCCGGAUGCUUUAAAGCAGGAAGGCCAAGAAGAAUCUACAGAUUUCUAUUCAGUUAUGAAGAAAAACGACUUGUAUGAACCCGGGGUAUGAGAGGACACUGUAACAUUUACACACUAAAGGACUUUUGCAAGUAUUUACAUAUAGUACAUGUGACUUUUUCUUUGCUGUCCUAAAUGAAAACAUUUAAGAUUUCUUGAAAAAUCUUAAAGUAUGAAAAUAUAAUACAUACUGUAUUAUAUUUUCAUACUUUAAGAUUUUUCAAGAAAUGUCCUGUCUGCAUUGUGACUGAAUUCUGGAUUGCUCACUGUUACAAAUUUGUGCUGUUUUUUAGUGAUUUUACAUGAUGAGAAUGCUUCACUCAUUUGAUUCGUAUCCCUCUAUGAUGUAAAUAUCAUUGCUGAGUGAUAUUCAUGCUUACACUGCAAAAAAUGAUAUCUUAGCAAGUGAAAAUAUCUUGAAAAUAGUAUAAACGAUCUAGAAUUUCCUAUUAGAAGACUACAAGACACCAAUUCUGAGAUUAUUAAACCUAGUUCUAGAUUGCAUGCAACUUAUUCUAAGAUUUCUUAUCAAGUAAAAAUAUCUGUCCAUGCAGCAAGAUAAUUUCACUAGUAUUAAGUAAUCUUCUCCUCAAAUUCAGUUUUUAAUUUUUUGCAGUGUAUGAAUAAGAGAUGCUGAAUUUAUAUGUUUAUUUU